AUGAGCGACGAAGAGUAUUAUCAAGAAGAUGAUGGCGGUGAUUAUGGAGGUGGCGGUGAGGAUUAUGGCGGUGGUGAAGAUUAUGGCGGUGGUGAAGAUUAUGACAAUACUGACGACAACUAUGAGCAGCAGGAGGAGUAUGAUGAUGGUCAGAACAAUCAAUACCGCGAAGGAUACGGACAGAAUUAUGAUCAAGACUAUAACGAGUCAUAUGAGAACGAUGACUAUGACCAGAACAACGAGAACAACUACGUCGAAGAGGAGGAUGAGCAUGAUCCGGAACCGGAAGAAAUCUCUGAUUAUGAAGAUGACGAGAACCAUGAUGAUGAGAGCAAUGACGUUGGAGAUGAGCAGAACGAGGAUGAGGAGGAAGACGAUGGGGAGGUUGAGGCGGUUUCUGCCUCGGGUACUCAUGCUGCUGAUGGCGAUGGACCGGGAGUUGGAGCUUUGGUGAAAGGAGCAAUGGAUGGAUUUGGCGGCGGCGGAUUUGACGGAAUUGUUGGUCAAAUUGGAAAUCUCAUUGGUCAAAGCGGUGGUGGCAUGGGUGGAGGCCUUUCGAACAUUUUUGCCUCUGGAGGAAUGGAAUCGAUGGUUGGAAAUCUCAUUUCGUCGGCGUCACAUCACUUCUUUGGAAUCAAUCCGGCUACUGGACAAAUCAUUGGAGCAAUUGCUGGCAAUCUCAUUUUUCAAAUGGGAGGUCAGAAUAACUCGUUGAGCAGCAUUGGUAAAGUGAUUCUCGACAAUAUCAUCAGCGGAAAAUUCAAAAGAGACAUUCAACCAUUCGUACCUGGAGGUGGACCGACAAGCUUCACUGAAACCUUCGAGCCGAUCGAUUUCCAAAAGGAACGUCAACGUUGCCUCGAGCAGCGUGUGCUUUUCGAAGAUCCACAGUUUCCAGCAAACGACCGAAGCCUUUACUUUAGCACACCUCCAGAUGAGCACGUCGUCUGGAAGAGACCCGGCGAAAUUUUCGACAAUCCUCAACUAAUUGUUGGCGAGAAGUCAAGAUUUGAUGUGAAACAAGGAGCCUUGGGCGACUGUUGGCUUUUGGCGGCCGUUGCCAAUUUGACACUUCGCGAUGAGCUUUUCUACCGUGUCGUUCCACCAGACCAAUCGUUUACUGAAAAUUAUGCUGGAAUUUUCCACUUCCAAUUUUGGAGAUAUGGACAAUGGGUUGAUGUUGUCAUUGAUGAUCGUCUGCCAACGGUUGAUGGCAAACUGUAUUACAUGAGAUCGCAUGAAAACAAUGAGUUUUGGAGUGCUCUUAUUGAAAAAGCCUACGCAAAAUUGUAUGGCGGUUAUGAGCAUCUUGAUGGAGGAACCACAGCAGAAGCUCUUGAAGACUUCACUGGCGGUCUUACCGAGUUUUUCGAUCUCAAGAAAACCGACAAAGCAACGGUUUUAGCAAUGCUUGUCCGUGGAAUGCAGAUGGGUUCACUCUUCGGAUGUUCAAUUGAUGCUGAUGAGAAUGUCAAGGAAGCUCAACUAACCAAUGGACUUGUUCGCGGCCAUGCAUACAGUAUUACUGCGAUUCAGACGGUGAACACGUAUUCUGGACAGAUUCCGCUUCUGAGAAUUCGAAACCCAUGGGGUAAUAGCAAAGAAUGGAAUGGGGCUUGGAGUGACAACAGCCAUGAAUGGAAUCAAGUCGAUCCUCAUCAAAUGCAGGAAAUGGGUGUCAAUUUUGGGAAAGAUGGAGAAUUUUGGAUGUCGUUUGAUGACUUUAUGGAGAAUUACACGCAAUUGGAAGUGUGCAACUUGUCGGCAGAAGUGAUGAACGAGAUUUCGGAAAUGACUGGUGUGCCAGUGACCGAGCAGCAGAAGCAUCAUUGGAUUGAAAAAAUGGAUCAUGGCGAAUGGAGCAGUCGUAAUGGAACUGCGGGUGGUUGCCAAAACAACGACACUUAUUGCAAUAAUCCGCAAUUCGGAACUUACUUCCACGUGCCAGAAGAUUCGGUGGAAAAUGAUGGAAAAUGCACAGUGAUUGUUGCGAUUAUGCAAAAAUAUCGUCGAGAGUUGCGUUCAAAGAAUAUGGACAAUCUAGCCAUCGGAUUUUCGGUGUACAAGACCGACGGUAACCAUUCAAUGUCGGCGGAUGAAAUUCAUUCGAAGAAGCCGGUAGCCAAGACUCGCGUGUUCAUCAACAUGCGCGAGGUCACCGUUCGCUUCCGUGUUCAUCCAGGAAGCUACGUUAUCAUUCCAUGCACGUUCGACCCAUAUGAUGAGGCUGCUUUCCUGCUUCGCGUCUACUCAAAUGCCCAAUUCGAGCAGACAAUUAUGCAAGAUCCACUUGUGAUUCAGCCAAACAAUGAUUCGUUUUGA